AUUAAACCCGCAAUCCUUUGUUUUGUUUUUAUCCAGCCGCGGCAAAGGAGGAGGAGGAGGAUGGAGGCCGCAUCGAUCGCCGGCGCGCGUGCUCGGGUGAGGGGCGGCGCCCUCGUCGGCGGCGGAUACGGCUACAGCCGCGGCGGAGGACGAGACGGCGGAAGCCGUGGGCUUGUGAUUGCUGUGCUCGUGGGCUUUGAUGGAGGAUGGAAGGGAGGACAACUUCGGGAAGGAGGGCGUCCUGCCACGGUGCGCGAGCUUCGGGCCGGCCGUGUCUUCCAACUUGGGUGUCGUCCAUGGUGGGGAGAGGAGCAGCAGUAUGGGGAGAGGGAGAGAAGCGGUUGGACGCGCCGGAGGUGGGGAGAGAAGAAGCCGUACAGGAAGAGGGAGAGAGGCGGCUGGACGCGCCAGAGGUGGCAGGUAGGCCAGUUAGGCGGCGGUGCUGGUCAUGACGGUGUCGCCGCAAGCUGGCUCGGUGGCGCCGAGUUUGGCAUGGCUGACGCUCGAGUUAUGUUCGACAUAAUGCCUGUAAAGUGAACAAUUGCAAAAAUUGCCACUGGACAGCACCAGACCACGCACUGCCACCGGCGCCUGGAAGCUUCUGCCUUCUCUUCCGGGCUCAAGCUCACUGCCCUGCCAGCAAGCGCCCCAGCCAAAGCUCGAGCAAUAUCGCCGCCCUGUCCCCAUGUUCGUGCUACCACUUCUGCUCCAAAAAAGGCUUGGUGAUGACCCUCGAGCUCACAGUCUGUUACUUAGUGAAGAUAAUGAAAAGCUUAAAUUCAAUUUGGAAACUAUACAUCCCUCAAGCACUUCAUAUGGUGGUGCAUACACUACCGCACUUCCUCUCGGUGAUUCCAUGGAAGUCUUUGGUGAUGAGUCAUGUUACACAUCUGAGCUUGUUACAGGAACUACCAAGUAGGUGUUGUCAUUUGCACUUAUGGUAAAGAGGCAUAUGUUGUCUGCAACUGCUCAUAAAGAGCAACUGCAGAGUGUGUUAAAAUAUCACUUGGCCAUUGUUUAUUGUUAGAAGCUCGUGGUAUGUCUGUUUCUGCUGUAACCCUGAAGCAAUUCAAGUUCCAGUCUUGAGCAAGCAUUAGAUGCUAACUUGAGGAGAAUCGAGAGGAGUGCUGCUGCACUAGCUACAACUGAUUGCUGGACAGUCACUUAGGGCAGUAUCAUUCCCAUAUAAAUAUUGCAGAGUUGUGUAUCUUUGAUUCAUGAAUGGUAGGACCAAGGAAGGAUAAAUGAAAUGCUUUGCAGUUCAGAAGAGAGUUAACAACGAUUAGCGACACUGGUUGGCUGAAUGUGUUGCUAAAGAAGGUAUGUAUGAACAUAUCAAGUAAGCCCUGCUAGCAAUGCUUCAUUUCCUA